AUGGGGGACGCGCCGCCGCCGGAGCUGGAGGCGGUGCUGGGGGGGGGCUCCUGGCCGGUGGGCACGGAUUUCGAGGGGUGCCCCGCGCCCCCCGCGCCCGUCCGCCUGGGCAGGGACGUCUGCUACGUGGUGCUGGCCGUGCUCUUCAACCAGGAGGACGCCGUGCUGCUGGUGCAGGAGGCCAAGGCCGGCUGCCGUGGCCGCUGGUACCUGCCCGCGGGCCGCGUGGAGCCCGGCGAGCCGCUGGCGGCCGCGCUGCGCCGGGAGGUGCGGGAGGAGUCGGGGCUGCUCUGCGAGCCCCUGACGCUGCUGGCGCUGGAGGAGCGCGGCCCCGCCUGGAUCCGCUUCGCCUUCCUGGCACGGGCCACGGGUGGGACCCUGAAGACCCUGGCGGAGGCGGACGCCGAGUCCCUUCAAGCCGCCUGGUGUCGCGGGGACCCUCGCUCGCUGCCGCUGCGCUCCGCCGACAUCCUGCCGCUGCUGGAGCUGGCCGCCCGCUACCGCCGCAGCCCCCCGCACCCCGCCACGCUGCCGCGGGACCUGCCCUGCUCCGCGCUCUGCCUGCGCCUCCUGCUGCCCUUCACCAACGCCGCCGGCGACCUCUGGCUCCUGCUGGCCACCGGCGGCACCCCGCACCUGCCCGUGGUGGCCUGCGGCACGUCCCCGUCCGAGCGGCGUGCGGGGCUGCGCCCGCCGCUGCUGCGGCUGCUGCGGGACCGCCUGGCCUGGGAGCCGCAGCCCGCGGCUCUGGGGCUGCUGGGGCUGCAGCACCGGCCCGGUGGCUCCGGGGAUACCGACGGUAUCUGCUUCAACGUGCUGCUGAGCGUGGAGCCGGGAGCCGGGCGGGAGCGGCCGCCCGAGCCCCGCCACCCCGCGCUGCGCUGGUGGCCCGUGCGGGACGAAGCGCUGCGGGAGCGCGUCCUGCGGAGGCUGCGGGGCGCCGUGCCCGUCCGGAGUUAGCGCACGGGAGGGUGGGGUUGGGAAUUGGGGAGACCCGGGGGUGCUGCGGGGCUGGGGGUGUUUGGAGCAGAAAUAAAAUCAGUCCUGCGGAGGCUGCGGGGCGCCGUGCCCGUCCGGAGUUAGUGCACGGGAGGGUGGGGUUGGGAAU